UCUAUUUUAUUUUAUUUUAUUGUAUUUAUACUCACCCACGGCCCCGCGUUUCGCAUACCCUAAACUAUUGUACCAGCCGUCGAAGCGAGGGACCUCCCAUGGUAUUUCGCAAAGUGAACCUGUUGAAAUGAGAGGAUGAACUGCUGGUCAGAGAAGCAAAGCGAGGACAAAGAGAUGGUGAAAGAAACAUUGCAACAAAAGAGUCAGGACCGGCAUGACUUGGCUGGGUUAAUGUGGAGCUUGCCAAGAUUUCCCCAAAAAAUAUAUACAGUAUAUAUUUGAUCAUGAGAAGAGGAGUCAGGCUUACCAGGUGCAGAGCUUGAAAGUGCAGGGAUUGUUGUCCACUCUUAGUCACAACUCUUUCCCACUUUUCUCAAAAGCAUCCUCUUCCUUGUGCAUAUGAAAAAGGGGCAUGUUUCCUCAUGAGUCACACUCAGUCCUCUUCCAAGGUUUAGCCACAAGAACCCGGAGCUAAGAUGACUUUCUACGAUGACAUUUACCCUUUCUACCCUCUACAAAGGACCUCCUUCAUCUUCAGUAGUCACCUGCUCACUGUCAUCGUGUGUUUCCUCGUGCCCACGCUCAGUGUGCUUCUCAUCCUGCCUGGAAUUCGGGGAAAGUCAAGGCUUUUCUGGAUGCUGAGGAUCAUUUUGAGCUUGUUUGUAGGUGCUGUAAUUGUGGCACUCAACUUUACUGACAACUGGGCUGAGGCCCGGAUGACCACAAAUGCCACCUACAAGUCUUUCAGCAAUGCAGUGGUUCAUGCGGAGAUUGGCUUACAUGUCGGACUGUACGGCAUUAAUGUUACACUAAAAGGGAAUCCUGUCGUCCAGUUCAAUGAGACAAUUGACUACAACGAGAUGUUUACCUGGCGUGACGACAUUGAGGAGGAGUACGAGGAAGCCUUGCAGAAAGGUCUACCUAACCCCAUUCUGUACAUUGCAGAGAAGUUCACUCUGCGCAGCCCGUGCGGCCUCAUUUUCCUUUACAGACAGUCAGGACGAUACGCGUCUGCCACGCUCUGGACUGCGUUUUGCUGUUGGAUGCUGGCCAACAUCCUUUUCUCAAUGCCGGUCAUUUUGUAUGCCGGCUACAUGAUGUUGGCUACAGCCACCUUCAUCUUCACCUCCAUGGCCGCCUUCAGCGCAAUCACGCUUGCACCACAGUGUGUUUUCUCCAUCGGAACAGCCUCCUUUGAAACUCAAUACAGCCUUUCUUUCUGGCUUGCUCUCGCCACCGGUUUGCUGUGCGCCGUCAUCGGGCUUCUGGUGGUGAUACUGAGCUUCAUGUUGCCUGAGAAGAUGAAAGAGGCUUUCAGCGAUUGUGUUGACAGUUGUGAAGAUGAAGACAUUUCUAAUGGGGAGACUUAUCUAAAUCCAGCCUUCAUUGAUGAAAUAACGGUUUUACCACACUCAUCCACAAGGGUCACCGAGGUCAGUGGUCAUAUAUGAGUCCCUCUCUGGUCAAUACUUGAAGAUCUGAAUGAGUUACAGAGGCAUUGUUUAUUAUUCAUAUUUGUAUGUUUUGUGUGAUUAGGCGUACUGGUAAUCACAAUAUUUUGUAUGGGAUCCAUACACUGUAGUGUAAAUGAACACAUAUUUAUUAUAACUAGUCUGACAUUGACCUACAUUAUUAUUUUUACUGGACUUUCUGUAGGGCAAAAUGUUAAAAUAAAAGUCAACAACAAU